AUGAAAAGCUUGUGGUGGAAAAACACAAUGACGUUGAGCUGCACUAUGUCAAUAUAGAAAAAAGUAAAGGAAAAGAAAACAAUGUAGCUGUUGGGAAAAAAUCGAAAUGACUAAUUAGUAUGCGUUUAAAUGAUUAAGGAAUGUUAUACAUUUAACAGAAGCUCAUGUCCUCUGUAGUGUUUAAGGCCUGAUGUGUCCUUGUGUGAACUUUCACUGACACUAGGUGUCUCAGCAAGUGUUUAGUCUAUUAAGAUUGCCGAAAGAACACUUCAGCUGUUUGUCCUGAAUAAGAAUGAUAAUAAACUUGUAGAAAGCAUCAAUACUUACGCAGGGCUGAUUUGCGACCAUGAUUUACGAGAAAGUGACCUUUGUACUAGAACGAAUUGUUAAAGUGUCCAGAUAUGUAGACGCCUGUGUGAAACGCAAAAUGUGUGUGUGUUACCCUGUGCCAGCCCACUGCAUGUUGUUUACUUAGUAUAAAUAUCAGAGACUCGGAGGCAGAUCUUCGAGCAGUCUUGAUGUACAUUCUGUAUGUGAAUCAACUCUGUCUCCUUUGCAAAGAAUAAAUGUCCAUUGAUUAAUGAUUUUUACACCAGUCUCGAGUGAAUUUUUCUAACAGUAGCAGAAGAACCUCAUGUGGUGAGAGGAGAUGACAAGGAGGAAAAAAACAAGCAUGAGUCUGAUUGGGAGGAAGAGAUGGAGGAGAUGAUGGUCCUUAAUGACGACGGCUAUGAAGAGGAUGAAGAGGAUGAAGAGACAGGCAGUGAGGAAAAGGUAACAGAACAGCAGGUCAGACCUCCAGCCUGGGUUCCCGGCAUCAACAGUCGCAUUGGUAGGGAUGUCUACCAUUACACAGGACACGACAUUGUUAUUCACGAGUCCAUAGACUCCUAUGGAGCAGUGAUGUGGCCAGCAGCGUUGGCUUUGUGCUCCUUCCUGGACAACAACAGGAAGAAGGUGAACCUGCAGGAAAAGGUGGUUCUGGAGCUGGGAGCAGGAACUGGACUGGUAACCAUUGUGGCCAGUCUGCUGGGAGCUUCAGUCACAGCUACAGACUUGCCUGACGUGUUGGGUAACCUCCGGGCCAAUGUGAUGAGGAACACCACGGAGCAUUGCAGAUACACUCCCCAGGUGGCAGCUCUGUCCUGGGGCCAUGACCUGGAGAGCACCUACCCUACAUCAGUCUACCGGUAUGACUACGUGCUGGCAGCUGACGUGGUCUAUCAUCACGACUUCCUGGAUGAGCUCCUGGUCACCAUGAAGCAUUUCUGCAAACCAGGAACGACUGUGAUCUGGGCCAACAAGGUGAGGUUUGAGACCGAUCUGACUUUCACCGAGAACUUUAAAAAUGCUUUUCACACAAGUCUGCUCGCUGAAGACGGAGAGAUGAAGAUCUUCAUGGCAACGUGUAGAGAGUGAGAGACAGAAAAGAUAUGGAUGGAUAACUCAACAGGCCCUACAGGCCCAGGGGGCUCUUAGUCAGCGCCUCUGUUUUAAGUGUUUAAAGUCUUAUUAACGCCACGCUUUGGAAAGCUAAUUAUAAUUAUCUCUGCCAGGAGGAUAAUGCGAUCGGUCGCGUGUGUGCAUGUGUGUAGUUCUGUGAGUGAGUGUGCACCUCUGUGUCUGUCCACAGCUAAUCUCACAUUAUGCUGCAGCAAACUGCAUUAUAUCAGUUAUGGCUGGGUGCUCAAGGACUUCUUGUGGUUGCAGUGACUAGCACUUUCUCAAAACACCUUUUAUAGCCUGUUUUAUUCUGCCAUUGACUACCUGCUGACUCCUCACUUACUACUAACCAGCCCUGGCCGGUAGGGGCCGCUGGUGGUAACAUAGCUGAGUGCAACUCCGACCCCCUGUCCGCUACUCUGCACCAAGAGUGUGGGUGGGGUGGGGGGGCAGUUUGCAGUGUGUUUGGCUAACUGCUAACGGAACGACCAGUACAGUUGCAGUGCCUCGCCGCUACUACACGUGGUGAGUUAAACUUAUUUUUAGGCACGAUUGAAUGAAAUGCCUUAUAUGACGACUUUUAGUCUGCAUACAUUGCAUUACAUUACAGUCAUUUAGCAGACGCUUUUAUCCAAAGCGACUUACAAUAAGUGCGUCUUGUUUUUGAGUUUUUUUUCUUUUUUGAACGACGCCUUACAGCCCUUUGGUGUCUAGACAGGGAGUUAGACAAUUAUGGGUUGUAUUAUUUCAAUCACACAAUACAGCAGUGAUCGUUGCUGCUUUCCGAUACUAUUUUGUAAAUAUCCCACUCUGAUCUGUCUGGACACUGUCAUUGAGGUCUAAGACCAUAUGUCCUACAUUAUAAGGCACCAUAUUUAGCCUGCUAUCAAACCUGUUACAUAAGGUCCAAGAAAAGUUAGUUGGAAUCAAAUUAAUUGUCUCCCUGUGGAGUUGAAAUAAUUAGUCAGUUAAUUGAUUGACAGGACAUCUAUUUAGACAUUUUCGAGACAAAACAAUUGAGUUUAAUUGAGAAAAUAAGAUUGUUUUUUGAAAAAGUGUAAGGCAGAGAAAAGGCUGGGACUGUCUUCACCACUAAC